AAUCAGCGUCGAGAACAGUGUGACUUGUAGAUAAACACCACAAUUAUGGAACCAGCUAUGAAUUAACAUCAGUUCCAUUAGUCUACAAUUAUUAUGCAACAAAAAACUACAUUAAUUGGUUGUUUCGCAUUAUAAGUUCUAAUCAGUCAGGUCAGGUCAGGUCAGGUCAGGUCAGGUCAGGAAACAAUGAUCGAAACGAAAAAAAUUCCGCCCGAUGGGGGCUACGGCUGGGUGAUCGUCUGUGCCAACGCAUUAAGCAACUUCAUCGUCAUCCCGCUGAUUCAUUGCUUCGGCCUCAUUUUCAAGGACACAUUCGUCGAACUUGGCUUAUCAGCGACUCAGGGAUCCCUAAUUAUUAAUCUAAAUGUGGCCUUUGGGAUGAUCAUGGGUUUGGUUAAUGGGGUGCUGUUGAAGAUUUAUGGAUGCCGGAAAGGCGCGCUUUUCGGGACGCUGCUGCUCACCGGAGGCGUCGUACUUACAGCAUACUCCAAAACUUUUACGCACUUUGUUAUCGCUUAUGGGUUGAUAACGUCUUUGGGGAUGGGGAUGGUCGAAUCAGCUACCUGUCUCGCUAUUAACAUGUACUUUAGAGCUAAGAGAAGCUACGCUAUGGGGUUGGCCGUUACUAUUACGGGUUUCGGUCCCAUUCUUAUCCCCCAACUCAUCAGUUUUUUAAUGCAACACUACACCCCCUCUGGCGUGACCUUGAUUUUCGCGGGUGUGUGCGCCCACGUGUUUAUAGGGGCCGUUUUGCUGCAACCAGUCGAGCGUCACAUGAUCAUAGACAAAACACAACCUCAAGACGAACAAAGCGAGCUUUUAACCGAACAAACGAAGACACAAACUCAGGAAGACAAAGACCCCUUGUUUAAAAGACUGCUGAAAACUAUUGCCAAAACGUUCGACUUGGAUCUUUUCAAAGAUCCGAUUUUUGUAAACAUAAUGAUGGGCAUGGCUUUAGCGAUUUUCGCUGAGCUUAACUUUACCGUGCUCACCCCUUUCAUUCUAAGCGAUUUUGGGUUGGACACGUCACAGAUUGCCACGUUUUUGUCGACGCUAGGUGUCGCGGACAUCAUUUUCAGGUUUUUCGCACCGUAUAUAGGCAACUAUUUCACCAAGCCGCCGCGAAUAAUGUAUGCGUAUAGUUUGAUCCUUCUCAUCGUGACACGAUUCACGUUCCUACUAUCGCGGAAUUUCUACGCCUUGUUGGUAAUCGCGCUGGGUUUGGGUAUUGCUAAAGGCAUCCGUAAGGUGUACAUGCAGCUGGUGAUCCCCGCCCAUGUACCCAUCGAAAAACUGGCCAAUGCUAGCGGCAUGGAAAUGAUGAUGAACGGGUUCUGUAUAAUCAUUGGUGGACCUACGUUGGGUGUCGUUCGUGACGUCACGGGUAGCUACUCCUUAUGCGUCAUUCUCAUGAACUGCGUGACCUUCACUACUAUCCUGAUGUGGACAAUAGAGGCUAUUAUAGUCAAGUGUAGGAGAAAGAACAAAGGGAGUAUAGAAGAGGCGACUUAAAUAAAAUCUAUUUUUUAUAAAAUUAUACAAUAAAAAAUUAAAUACA